UUCUGCCUGCUGGUUUAUUUUCUUCCGGAUUUGCAUUAGAUAAGCACGCGGUAAUCCGGACGUCACCACUUGUCAUCUUGCACUAUGGAUUCUCUUUGUGAUAAUCCAUUCAGCAAAGCAUCCAAAAAGCAAGCUUUGUUAUAAUCCAAUAAUCCCAAAUCUUUUUUUCGUUCUGGUUUCUUUGAAGAUUCCGUUUGUUCCCAGACGUGUUCAGCUCUGUUCUAUCUUUUGAUUUGACAUUGCUGUGAUAGCACGAUUCGUUUGCUUUUCUUUAGUUUCUCAUCGCCUGGUUGAAGCGUAAAUCUUCUUCAAGUCAGUUGCUAUACAUUCUUGCACUGCGGAAUCGAUGGCCGGAGUGGAGCAAGAAGGCGAGGUGGCGGCGCUGCGGGAGGCUCUGCGUCAGCAGGCGCGGGCCGUCGAGGAGCUGCGGGCGGAGCUGGAGGAGGAGCGGCAGGCGGCGGCGUCGGGCGCCGAGGAGGCGCUGGCCAUGAUCCUGCGCCUGCAGGCGGAGAAGGCGGCGGAGCGGAUGGAGGCGGAGCAGUUCCGCCGGGUGGCUGAGGAGCGGAUCCAGCACGACGAGGACACGCUCGCCUUCCUCAAGGCCGUCGUCUUCCACCAGGAGAUGGAGAUCAGCUCCCUCAACCGCAGGCUGCUCGCCGUCCACGCCACCGGCGACGACCCGUUUUCGCCGGCCACCGUCGAUCUCCCCUGGCUCAGGAAGCUGGCCAAGAACGGCGUGGCGUCGCGGAGGAACGCGUCCCUCCCGGCGGCGCACCUGGAGGAGCUCUGCUCGGAGCUCGACGUCGUCGUGGACGCCGACGCCGCUGACAAGAAGAGGGUCGGCGACAGAAGGCCAGCGAGGACGGUGUCAGACAUAGGCGAGGUGAUCGGCAGGGAGGACAGGGCAAGACACAACCAGUCGGCGCCGCCAAGGCUGUACCGGUCAGCCUCCCACCACCUUCGCCGUGCACCGAGCUACUCAGCGCAAUGCCGCAGGACCUCGCCGGAGAUCAUCGCCGAAGAAGACGAGAAAUCGUGCAAGAGCAACGCCGCACUUGAAGCCGACAUUGAGCAGCUCAAAGCCACCGUGCAGUCGCUCCAGACCGAACUGACAAAGUUGAGGGAAUCCACCUUAUCCGUCGGCGAAGCACAUUCCCAGCUACUAACCGAGAUCCACGCGAAGCUCGACGUUGCCUUGCCGCGGCAGCAGAGCCUUCGGGGCGGCCAUGCAUCAAGCUCUGUGCUGACGAAGAAGGCCAUCAGGGAAGCAGGCGGUAGCAGUUCGUCCAAGGAGCAAAGCUACCAGCCGCAGGGCGAGCUGCUGAUGAACCAUUUCAUUGAGAUGGAUUUUUGUUGUUGUUAGCAUCAUGAUGAGAUAACUAGCUUUCGAGCUGCUUGGAUAGCAUGAGACAUUAAGAUCUCAACAUCAUUUAUUGGUCCUGAAGGUUGCUUGGUGUGAGUAAAAAGACUGACAAUCUGAAGGUAUAGACAGCAUUUACUAGUUUUGACGAUUGCUUAAUGUGAGUAAAAGAUCAACGAUUGCUAUAUUCUUUUUUUUUCUGUUGUUUUUGCCACUGUUGGUACAUAUUAUGUUUACAUAGUACAUAUUGCCGCGAGGAUGACAUCGCAUGCACUUACGUUACUACUGUGACACAGGAAAAGGAAGUUCAUUGUAAAGUUAUACUUGAGAUAAUUGUAAAUGUCAAAUAGUCGUGUUUUCCCCUCCACGUCA